AUGGCAGGCGAUGCCAUCAUGGUGAUGCGAGGACUAGCAAAGCUCAGCAAGGCAGUUCUAGAAACACAGACGGUACAGCUUCGGCAAGUUGUCCUUGGUGGUGAUGCAGUAACCAUGGUCAGGAGCUUCCAGGCCACUGCUGAAGAGCAGUUCAGUGCUGCCAUGGGGAAAAUGCAGGUAAGAGAGUGUAUGUGUGUGUUCGCACCACCAUAUCAAUAAGCAUUUAGCCUGUUUUGGGUAUCUUUCCCAGUCUCUUGUCAGUGAAAUGCAUGUGAGGUUGCAAUCAUAUAAACAUUUAACUGGAAGUAAAUUGAGGAUUGCAGCCUGUAGCAGUUGUCAAUUUAUGUGUCCCUCUAAUCCAGGGUAGUUCUCCAGAUGUUGCUGAACUACAUCAGAAAGCAUGGACAACAGACAGGGGUCUUGGGAGUUGUAGUACAGCAAUAACUGACCAAUGGCUGCUGUAGUCUCACUACAGUGGUACCUCUGGUUACGAACGCUUCUGGUUAUGCACGCUUCAGGUUACGAGCUCCGCUAACCCAGAAGUAGCUGCUCCUGCUUGCGAACUUUGCCCUGGGAUGUGAGCGAGAGGCGUGCUCGCAGCGGGAAGCCCCAUUAGUGAAAGCGCGCCUCAGGAUAAGAACAGUUUCAGCUUAAGAAUGGACCUCCGGAACGAAUUAAGUUCAUAACCAGAGGUACCACUGUAUUCUAGAAAGUUGACAUAACUGAAGGUGCUGUUGUUUAAAGAUCUGGUGAAAACUUUUGCACACUGUGAAUUAGGGUCUUUUGUUUCGUUUGUUUCUUAAAAUUUAUAUCUCACAUUUAUCAUCCCACAGGUUUUCUCAGCAUCUGACCUCUUACAAUCCUAAAAACAAUAUUUAAAUAAAUCACAUGCCCUUUUGAAAGUACAUAUUAUUUUGAUUUCAGGCAAGUUGAUAUCAGGAAGGGCAAGAAUCAGAGAGGUGAAUUAAAGUAGAAUAGAAGGUGACACAAGGAGAAAGAAAUUGAGCAACAAGAAACCCUAACCUCAAUGGCUGUGUCUGUCGGUGCCCCUUUUGGUGCGGGUUCUGCUUGUGCUCCCCAUAGCAGCUAGCUAAAAUUUAAAAAGUACACAUUGAUUACGUGAAACGCAAUUUUCAUCAUGUGUAGUUCAGCCUUUGGUGGCCUAUGUAUUAUUUCUCUUUAGCAAUUGCUUAGAGAAGAGGGAAGCUGCCUUUUCCAUGGAUGCGCAAUGUCUGCCUAAAAAAGCUGUAGUUAUUUUUGUUUCCUACUGGGGGUGGGGGGUGGAAAUGUGAAGUGUUUUCCAGUAAAUUACUCUUUGUUUUUGGUGGUGUUCCUGCCAACUUCUGAUACUUGUAGCCUUUUCUAAACUAUUUUUUAUUAAUGUUGGAAGAGAAGUGUUUCCAUUGUGUUACCUCUGUGGCGGUGUAGUUAAAUCGGCCAAGAGGUGUUGUUAAAUGGCAUUCUGGAAAAAUCUGUUACUGGGACACCUAGUUCUCACAAUGUAGAAUAUAAAGACCUUUCAAUUUAUUAUUACUCUUCCUUUUUUUAAAAAAAGACUUCCAGCUUUCAAAUUUUCAGAGAGAUCUUUGCCAAAGGUUUGGAAAAAAAGAGGGGAAACUGGAGAGAGUCUCCUAUUGUGAAAAAAGUCUAGGUGGUGUCUGAAUCAUGAUACAAAUCUUUGGAAGCACUGAACAUGUAACUUGAAAGCAAAUGUUUUAUAAAGUAGGUGUCUUAAUCAACACUGCUCAGUGCUUGUCUCCAGUCACAAGCACAUUAACCAGCUGAUACAUGUAAAUAUAUUAUUUGUUGUGUGCAUGAAACAUACUAGAUUUUUACACCAGUGGCCCAUGGUCACAGGAUAGGGUUCGCCUAUGUAGACGGAAAGAGAGCUAUGAAGGGGAACUGCUAGGCUAGACCUCCUCAACCCAAUGCCUUCCAGAUGUUUGGACUACGGUUCCCUUCAGCCCCAGCAUCAUACAGCUGUUCUGGUUGGGGCUGGUAGGAGCUGUAGUCCAAAAUAUUUGGAUGCACUAGAUUGGGAAUGGCUAGAAUGGCUGUUCCCUUCAUAGCUCUCUUUCAAUCGGGAUUAUGCCUCUUUCCCGGCAUUAUGUGGCCCACCCAAUCCAUUGAUAAAACUGCUGAGUUCUACAACAUCUCAAAAUAGUAAAGAAUAGCAAUUUAUUGUUGUGCAGUGGGUUGAAUCCAAAGUUUCCACGAGCGCAGUUCUGUUUGAUGGAUGCUCUGCUGAAGGAAGGAGGUCAGGAGGGAAGUGACUGUUGCUGAUUCCUCCUUCUCAUUGCCCCCCCCCAAAGUUGCUCUGAAAAAAUCCAAGGCCCCCUGGAACUGUGCGAGAGGUGAUGGGGUGGGUGGGACCGCAUGGGGAAUGGGUAGGAGAUGAUUGCCUAUCUCUUUCCUCAAGCAGAAGCUUCCACUGAAUCGCAGAAGGAGCUCUCUGGAUCCCGCUCAAUAGAAACAUAGGUUGAUGUACACCAUUAAGCACAUUUGUGCAAAACGGUUUCUGCUUCCAAGGAGGCAUACCGACAGAAGUGGCACUCCUGGUCCUGUCAUGCUGCGGGAUGAAGCAACCCUGCUUCAGGAAGCAUUCGGGAAGUGAGGGAUAAAUGAAGACAGGAAUUGGGAUCGGUGGAGUACAAAUACCAAAAGUGUUGGCUGUAGAGAAGGGGUGGUGGCGGUGGCACCAUCACUUGGAGUGAAUUAUCAGCAUAUUUCAUACAUUUUGGUUCCUUUAUAUGUAAGUCUAUUUAUAAACCACUAAAUGUUACAGAUAUCAAGACACUGUAUUAUAAUCACGAUUAUAAAAUCAUUACUAUGAAAGUUUUUAUUAUAAAAUCAUAAAAUACAGGAAUGACCAACACUGAUUCGGAUCAAUUCUCUAAAAAUACUUGCUGAUACAAAUAAGAGUAGUUAUUAUUAUUAUUAUUAUUAUUAUUAUUACAGUGGUACCUCUGGUUACGAACUUAAUUCAUUCCGGAGGUCCGUUCUUAACCUGAAACCGUUCUUAACCUGAGGUACCACUUUAGCUAAUGGGGCCUCCCGCUGCCACUGUGCAAUUUCUGUUCUCAUCCUGAGGUAAAGUUCUUAACUCGAGGUACUAUUUCUGGGUUGCGGAGUCUGUAGCCCAAAGUGUUUGUAACCUGAGGUACCACUGUAUUAUUAUUAUUAUUAUUAUUAUUAUUAUUAUUAUACUACCUAUAGAUCUUGGGGCUGUUCACAACACAAGACAUGGAAAUAUCAGAAUUUGUAGGGGUGUGGAAAGUGUUUUGUCUUUUCAAGAAUGGAGCAGUAUGAGUGACUGUGAGAGCAGUUUACACCUUAUUUUUUGGCUGAGGAAAAACACCUUUCAAUGUUCUGUUUGCAGGAUCUGGGCAAGCAACAGGAGAACUUGAAAGAUAUUGGUGAGGACUAUGGAAAAGACGAGAGCUUCUCUGAAUCGGAGCUGGGAGGUGCUGCAAAGGACUUCUACCCUCCCCCUCUAGAACACCCUCCCAAGUCUGGUGGUGCAGAGGGCCCGUCUCACUCGUACGUUGCCAGAGGACCUUUACCAAACGUCGGUGAGAGCGGAGACCCUAGUGUGGGUUGGAACCCCAUCUCUGCCAAAGUGAAUGCAAAGCUCUUUGGAGGCUUUAGGGACCCUUGGAAUCCUUCUGCUCCUGCUUGGGGGCAAAGCCGGGCUUUUCACCAAGACCAUUCCUCGGUGGGCGGACUCACGGCUGAAGAUAUUGACAAAGCCAGGCAGGCGAAAGCAGAUCCACAACAGAAACCGUACAAACAGAUGGUAUGUAGGCUGUGUAACACCACUGGAAAAUAGGAGUUUUUUGUUGUUGUUUUUUAAAAAGCAGGUUAUCCUUUUUUUAAAAAACCAAAACAAAACCCUGCCCUACCAAACUUUUGCGUGAUGAACAUGUCUGGGUAGUAGUGGGAGCAGUGCAUUAUUUUCCUUCGUUUUUAAUUAUCUUUAAGACAUGUCUGCUGCUCAACUGGUAACCGCAUGGGAAAUGUGCCAAGAAAUGCAAGUUCCUUUUCUCCCAGGUCACUUCGGGAAACCAGGCCACGCAUUUCAGUAACAAUUUUGAGAGGACACUCUUUAAAUUUAAUCUUCCCAUUUUAACAGGUGGGGAAACUGAAUAACUUGCCAAAGCCUGUGGCUUUCUUAACCUAUUAUUUUCCUUGGAAUAAUCUCAAUGUGGUACAUGCCUUGUACGACACUCAGAUGGGCUUCCAUUUGCUGGAGGGAUGUACAGACUCCCAAGAUUAACACUUGGUUAUUCAGAGAAUGCCGAAUGUGUGGAGAUGUCUUUCCUUAGUAGGUUCUCUUUCCUCCCUUUCGGUUACCUUUCGGUGGGCAGAAAAGAUGUAACUGGUUUCUUUGGUUUGUAGUUGUCUUGUUUUGUUUUUAUUGGUUUGUCUGUUUAUUUUAACUUAACAUAUGAAUUGUUUCCCAUUAAAAAAACAUCCCAAGGUGAUUUUAACAAGGAAAACCCACCAACACUAAAAACAUACUUAAAAACAAUUUCAAGUCCAAAAAAAUAGGAUAAAAAACACCUUCACUUAAAAGGUUUGCUGAAAGUAGAAAAUCUUCAAUAGGCACCAGGAAGACAAUAGAGCCAACACUUGUCUGAUAUAUACUGGAAGGGUGUUGCAAAUAUUAUGUGCCACCACACUAAAGGCCCAGUUCCUAUGUCAUAUGGAAUGGAGCGUCUGACGAGAUGGGCCUUUCCUGUGGAUAAGUUGGUUUACUGUUGCUUUUAUACUGUCAGCCCUCUUGCUGGUCUUCUCAACUGAAAGGCAGACUAGAGAGAGGAGUUAAAAUAGAUGAUAAUCACAUUUUUGUUCAGCUCUGCCUUUCAAAGUGAAGGGAGCUGUAUUGUAAAUGUCCUCUUGCAAUUAAGCAAGGCAGGCUAGCAACUGUUCAUUUGUUUAGAGAGUUCAAAAUGCACCCCUAGAAAUAGACCUUUGCUUUUUAAUGUUUAACAGGUGUUCACCUUCCCUUUGCUGGACACUCAGUACUCUGCUAAAUGCUUGGGAUGGUUAAGAAGUUGUACUUGUUGUUGUCGUGUGUUCUUGUGCUCCUCCAGCUGAAAUUCAGAACAGGUGCAACCCAGGUUUGCUUGCCACCCCCCUCUGCCUUGCAUUUCCUCUUAAGAGACGAUUCUGUCUGCUGGAAGUUGAGUAAUUUUUCUAAAGCAGAAAAUCCUAGCUUAAAGUGGAACACUGGACUAGACUGUGCUGUACUAAUCUCCCGAACCAAAUAGUCUGACCUGGUUUAGUGGAGUUUCCUAUGUUUCUUUGCAAAUUUUUUUUGGCAGCUAGUUAAAAACAUAAUUAAAACAGAAAUACAAAUGAAAACAGAGCAGCAUCAGAAAAAAACCAAACAAACAAAUCCGUUCAGUACACAUGAAGCUGCCUAAUAUUGAGUCAGAUCAUUGGUCAAUCUAGCUCAUCACUGACUGGCAAGUGGGUCUUCAGGGAUCCAGACAGGUGUCCUUCCUAACUACCUGGAGAUGCAAAAGAUUGAAUCCAGGCCCUUUUGCAUGCAAAGCAGAUACUUUAUAGUAUACUCGUCACAAGUGCUGCAGUGCACAACUCCUCUGAGUUUAAAAGGAAAAGAGCUGAACCUCCAACACUCUGCAGCACAGUCAAUGGACCUGAGACUGUAUUGAUUCACUAACUUUGGAGGUGAAUCUCUCUCAACUCCCCUCCAAGCUGAUGCGGGUUGGGGUUUUUUGGGGUGUGUGUAUAGGUAACCACAUCAGUGAGGGGUAAGCAUGGGAGCUAAACACCAUCAGUGAGGGGAGUUCUACCUUGUAGCGAGUUCCAAAAUUCUGGUUGAGAUGGUGCUUUCUUGAGUUCUUUCCAAUAGCCCUUCAGAUGUUGGAGGGAUAGAGAAGAGGCUCUCUCUGGAUGAACUCUGAGUCUAGGCAGGUGAUCUUUCAGGUAGUCUUGUCCCAAGCCGCUAUAGGCUUUAUAGGUCACACCCAGCACUUUCAGAAUGAUUGGGUGCCAGUGUACCCCUAUAGAGGGAGAGAAAGAAAUAGUGUAAUCCAGAUGCUGUAACUGCAUCAGGGACCAGAUCACCCACUCCCACCCACCUAAAGAGAUCUACCACUAACAAACUAUACCAGAUAUAACUAAGUAACUGGUACAGCUUGGGGAAUUACUUAGUGCAGGAAAUGGAUGUUGUGUGUCCUGUGAUUUGAAGACGUCGACGCCAGAAUCAAAAUUACAUACUUGGUCAAAUGGAAAUAUUCAAGUUGUUUAAUUUAGACAAAUUAUGCAACCUUUCUAAAUUUGUGCAUGUUCCACACAGCCCUUGCAAUUCUGCCUUCAAACAACAAAAAAUCAUCUUCUUUCUUCCAGCUUGCCUUCUAUGAUUUCAUCAGACAUUGGUUGUCAGGCUAAUUUAUCUAGCUCUAAAAGUUAGAGGCAUGGUAGCAACUAGGAUUGAUCUGGAUGUGAUCACACACGUUCAUAAGUAAUUACAGAACUAGUAUUGUUGAACAGAAUGGGACUUAGUUCUGUGCAGACAGGCAUAGGAUUGCACUGCCAGCCAAUUUUCUGCUGCCAAAAUCAAAUUCUUGAUGCAUUUGCUAGGAAAAUAGUUGUCCAUAUUAAUGGUCUGUAUUCUCCUAAAUCCCUGCAGCUCAGUGAACGUGCCCGGGAGCGAAAGGUACCAGUUACUCGAAUUGGGAGACUCGCUAAUUUUGGAGGUGAGUCUUUCUGAAUUGUGGUGGCAAAUAAGACUGUGAAUGUAGAUGCUUCUGAAAAACCAGGCAGUUUUCUGUGAACUGCAUCAUGCACAUUCAUGGGUGUGUGUGUGUAGAAGAAUCAGGGUUUCUGAUUAUCUUUUUAGCAGGGAUGCUGAAACUGAAUGUCUGAGCUGAUACUACUUGGCAGUACAUAGCAUGUAGCUUUGACUGAACUACAAAGCCAAGUUUGAAUUUGCUGGGGGAGGUGUGUGUUUGGGGUGGCAUGGGUUGUUAAGGGUUCAUUUCAGGUGCCAUUCGCUGAUCUAGUAGAAGUAGAAAGUUUAUCCACAUGGUCUUUGUUUUGCAAAAAUGACUCAAAAGGUGUCAGAGAUGGCAUAAAAUGAUUCAAGAAACAAGUGGCUUUCAAAUUACAGCAUCUCCGUGGCAGUGUUUUUCAGCCGUUGACUCUUAGCCCAGUCAGUAUUACUCCAAAUACUUGGGGCACACAUUUUGUUUAUAAAUAGAUACUAUUCCUUUUAAGAUUUACUUUUAAAAGGGAGGAUUCCACCAGGUGUGGGACCCCUGCUCCUCCCCAUCAUCAUAACACAACAGAUAGAAAAGUUGAAGCUUGUGAUAUCCUGGCUCUUUAAAGGUACUUUUCUACAUCUAGAACCAGACCAAGAACCCUCUCUGCACCUCUUUGAGCUCCCUGGAAUCGCUAGCAUCUUGAACCCUGUAGCAUGAUGAAAGGGUAUCAGUUUCCCUCUGGUAUGUUUGGUGUAGCGAGUGUAUAGACAGCCAACAUGCGUCCCUGCUGUUUUGUGACCUUCCCUAUUUAUAGCUAGAGUUGGCACCUCUCCUUAGUAUUCAUUUCUCCAAGAUGAGAUCUACUUCUAUAUGCCUUUUGAACAUUUAUGUCUAUGUAGCAAAGUGUUAAGGAACUUGGCUUCUACAAGGCAAGGCACCUCAGGCCUGUGCAGUAUACAAUUUUACUUGAAGCAGAUUCAAAGCUAGGGAACAAAGUAAACAUUUCCCUGAGUUAGUACAAGAAAUAAUGCUAUGAAUGCUUCCUCCCUCCCUUGUAAAUAAGUUUUGUGCUUGCAAACACUUUAAUCCACAUUGUUUAGGUUGGGACCUCCUGAAUACUUCCUCUUCCUUGAAUAUGUUCACUAAUGGGAAUGUCUGCUGAGUUAUUGUAGACAUUUAUGGUUCUGCUGAGGAACAAUUGCAGAUUGUAGCUGAAGGAGUCCUUUGGCACCUUUAAAAGACAGAUGCCAUGGGCUGAAUCUUAUUUUGUCAUCUCUAUAUCAGCUAUGGAAAGAACUCUUCAAGAAUUCUCUGAGUUAAGUGUUUUGUCACAUUUGUUUUGCAGGUGAGGAGUAGAAAGCUCUCCUCCAGGGCAGGGGUGGGGAAUUGGAUCCAUCUGGUGGGUUAAACAGAUAAAUGAUGUCAGUUGUACAGUGGGUGGGUGAAGAUUGGCCAGAAUGGUUUCACAGGCCAAAUGGGGAGGCCUGACAGAGAUGGGGAACGUUUUUGGCUCUGCACAUCAGACUUAUUAUUGAUAUCAAGCUGUGUGCCACAAGUGUCUUCAUAAUCCUGUACCAACAGCUUUCCCAUUAGAAUUUCCUCACACUCAAGCUUUAAAUAGGAAAUAUAUGCUUCUGUGUUGAGUUGAGAAGGUUGAGCCUUCAGUUAACUAAGUAUAUGCAGCAGAUAUUUUGAACUGUUGUCUCCAAAAUGUGUCAGGAAUGCACAGGAGGGGAAUGACCAGUGCCUGAAACUUGACAGGCCAGGCUUAUGAAUUGACUCAAACAAUUCAGCAGGGGUGGUGGGAGUGCUGUAAUCUGCUUCUAGCUUGGUGUGGGAACACAAAAGUCACUCUCUGUACUUAAACUAGCUUGGUAUCUUAGUCAGUUUCCUCUUUCUACUGUGAACAGCUGUUUGCUGAGGCUGUCUUUAAAAGAAGCUUCUCCCAAAAUAAUUUUUCUCAGUGUUGAACUGGGCUGAUUAAAAGUAGUGCCAAGCUAUGGUUUAGCAGUAUAUGAAAGAGGCUUUAAGGAGUCUCUGGCUCAUUGGCUUCCACCUCCUCUGCCCUCAUGUACAGUGCUUCCCUCCCUUCCUUGUAUGAGGCAAACCAUAGUUUUCUCUUUUGCAUAAACCAGCAAACUCUGGCUUGCACUUGCCUUAGAGUCCAGCAUUUGGAAACCAUAGUUUAUUGACUUAGACAAACAGAAAACCAUGGGUUGCCUGCAGCCAAGGAAGGAAGGAAGGAGUAAUUGUAUACUACGGAAGGGGUGGAAGAAGUGUAUAAGCCCAAGAGUUCUCCCUUAAAAUACCAGUUUUUACAGCAGGCAAAGCUUUGCAGCUUUGUUUUGGCAUCCUAGUCCUAAACAGGCUGAUACAUAAGUAGGUCAUAUUAAGAUCAGUGCUAUUUGUCAGGCUCUGUGUGCAUAGGCUAUUCACUGAGCACAGAAUGUGACCCUGGAUGUAGGAUUCACCAAACCUUCCUGAAAAUAUACCUUCUCUUAAAAGUUCGUAUGGCCCUCCUUUCUCUGUUUCUGGUUUACCGGUCUCAGUAAAAACAAAAGCUCUCCUCAUCUGCUAUUUAAAUAUAGCUGCAGUGAUAUAUAUGAUAUAUAUAUACAUAUAUAUAUAUAUGUAUGUUAAGCUCAACUUGGUUUUGGAGAAGUGAAAGCAAUUUUUAAAAAAAGGUAAUGUAAAGUCAGAAAUUGCAGAUCACUGAGAUCUCUUUUAAAAUCAGAUUCAGGCCCACAGUAAUUGCAGUUGCACUCUCUCUCUCUCUGAAAGUGUAAUGAGGUCCUUGAUGAGUGCGGUGAACACAGUAGUUCUUGACUUAGAAGAUGAUGCUGGCUGGUGCUUCUGCUUGGUGCUGGGUGUCUGGAGUUAAUUCUGUUUUAUUUAACAUUUGCCACUGAAUGUGUGGCGUUGUAAGCUGCCCUGUGAUCUGAUCUGGAGGAAGGGUGGGCUACAGAAAGCCUGGAACUCAAUGUAAUGUGAACAUAGUCUCAAGAGUCCUUGCGCAGGCAUAAUGCUCCCUCGUCACGUAACCAUUCUCCCAUGCAAACUUUCCCUGUCUUCACUUUUCAACAUUGGUUGGGAUGUUGUGUGUCUUCUGCAUCAAGGCUGAUGUAACUAUGUAACUUUAACCAGGGUUCACAAACACUGGCUUAGCCCAAUGGUCAAGGAUGAUGGGCUUUGUAGUCCAACAACAUCCCGAGCCUGAAGAUCACUGCAAGCUGGCGUGGUCUUAAGCUGUUUAGAGCUUUGAUGGCUAGAACCAGCACUUUGAAUCGAGCCUGGGUGCAAAUACGAAGCUAAUGACAUUGAUGUGGGAGAGCCCCACUCCGUGAAUUUGUUCACCUGCGCCAUCCUGCCUGCCUAGUAUGGACUCCAGCCUUUGUUCAAUUGGGUUUCUCUUGAGUCUUGUUUCCUUCUGGCUGUUUUUGCUAAAAUGCAUGUCACAUUGGGGCAGAUGCAUGCAAACCUGCAUGCUGUGCAAUGUUUAGCUUUCCUCGAUACAUAGUCUGGCCUAUAUCAGUGCAUUUUGAAUUAUGGGUAUUGAAUUGAUUUAAUUAUUAGUGCAGCAGGUAAGCAGCACUGGUUGUUGGGUGGACUUUGCAUGUGCCUGCCUCCACAGCUGGCCACAGAGUUCAGAAGCAUAGGAGCUCCUCCUCUUCAACUGUUAGAACCCUGUGAACAGGGGAGGGCUUGUUUGUUCUUCUGAAGGGAAGCUAUGUGUGUGGGGUGGGUGUGUUUAUGCCUGCCAAGACUCUGUGGCGACUCUGUAACAACAGGAUUUUAUUACAGUGUGAACAAGGUUAUUGGUUGCAUAGUUAUCACUUGAUUUUUCUGCUAAUCAUAGGCUUGUUUGCCAAACCCUACAAGGGCGUGCCUAUCUUUCCAAACCAGCCUUCUGUUGUAUUGCAUUUCGUAUUUGCCCUUCACACUCCCUUGGUACUAAUCUUCAUGCAUUGGCUGGACGGCAAAUGAAAAAUAUAUGGGCUGCUUUCAGUUUAAAGUUGGGAGGGACCACGAGGGUCAUGUAGUCCAACCCCAUGCAAUGCAGGAAUUGGACUGGAUGACCCUUUCGGUUCCUUCCAACUCUACAAUUCUGUGAUUCUAAGAAACAUUUUUUUACAAAAACAAAAAACUGUUGGUGUUGCAUUUCCAGAUUAGGCUUUUACUUUAUGCACUGAUUUUGCAUAGCAUUCCCCAUAUUAUCUUUCUAUCAGUUGUGAUGCAUUUGGCAUUGCAGGGGGUUGGACUAGAUGACCCACAGGGUCCCUUCAAACUCUACAAUUCUAUGAUUCUACAGUGAAGACGUUGGUGAGGGGGCUUUAACAUAUGGUUACCAGAUUUUUUUCAAUGAAUCCGGGGACUCUUUUUAAUUUUAAAUUUUUUUUUUUUGAAGCUGUGUAGCAACAGGUAGUCAGUAGUGGAGUUGGUGAGGCAAAAGACCCUGGGCCCAAGCACACACGCAUAUUGUAUAAAGGUGCAAAGCCCUUCUUUCGCACCCUGUGAAACAUAAAUGCGCAGAGUAACAGGCUGGCUCCAGGCUGCUGAGCUGCCAUGUUUCCUGGGGACAGAUUUGCAAAUCUGGAGACUGUCCCCGGGAACCGGGGACAUCUGGUAACUCUACUUCAACACAGGGUGGCCAAGUAGCCAAGCUGGGUUUGUGCUGGUGUAAAUCAGCAGGUGGGAAUCCUGCUGUUUGACCUGUUGUCGUGGUCCAACUGCACCACCCAAAAGAAAGGUUCUUAUAAUGGCAUAUAAUUCCUUAAAAACAGGAAACCCCCCCCCCCCAAGAAGUAGAUUGAGAAUUGUGAAUUGGAGCAUGUGGUGGAAGAAUUCAAUUCUUAUUUAGGUGACUGUCAGAUGUACAAAAAACUCUGCAGGCUUGAAAAUACCCCUACAAUGUUCUACUGCUGUUUAAAAGAGCAGCACCACCAACCUGGCUUUACAAUGCAGUCUGUUUGCAAACACUAAGGCGAAUGCCUCCCUUGAAGGAGAAUGGCCUUAUCAAAAUAAAUUGAUAAUGUAAACAGUUCUAAAACAGUGAAGCAAGAUAUACCUCCUGGUUAAUGUUUAAAAAGCCAACCAUUUGGAGUUGUUUAUGACAUGCCCCUAUCUUUGGCUGCUGUGGUUCUGGGGAGGGAGGUGAGUUUAUUGUGAUAAUUAAGGUGGAGCUGUGCAGUGCAAGGGAAAGUACAUAUUGUACACGUCUAAACCUUAUCCAGUGGGGAAGAAGAGGUGUUGAAGCUGGAUAAGUCAAAUCGAAGCGCAUGUAAAUGUCAAGUUCUUGGCUCAUUUAAACUGCUGGCAUAACAAUAGGUUGUUUUGCAUUAUAGUUAUAUAAUUACUUUCUUAUUUAAUAAAAUAUAUCCCACUCUUCCACUAAAAGUUCCCAAUGUAGCAUAUAGCAUAAGUUCUAAUUAAUAAAAAAGCAGGUACAGCCAGUUCUAAAAGCCGUAACAGAGUACAAAGAGUAAAAGAUGCUAGAUAUUGAAAUCUGCAACAAUAAAAAGGCUGUUGAAAUAAACACGUCUUUCAAUUGGGAGGGCAUGCAACAAUCAUGGCACUGCCACAGAGAAGGCCCCAUAUGUCAUGCUCACUUGCUUAAUUUUUUUUGACAUGACUCCAAUAACAAAGGCUUCUGGCAUUGAUCUUCAUUUCAUGAUUGACCUGUAUGGGAGCAACUCAUCCUUAAGCCAGCAUUCUUCAGUCUUGGGUCCCUAGAUCAGUGGUUUUCACCCAGUGUGCCGUGGCCCCCUGGGGUGCCUUGAAUGAUGGUCAGGGGUGCCACGGGCAACCCUCUUUCCUUCCCUCCCUCCUCUGAUGCCCUGUUGCAUCUCUGCCUCCAAAAGGCUUGCAUGGCUGUUUGUUGCAGCAGGCCUGGCUACAAGCUCCCCAGACAAAUGGUGCCUCUGGAACUGGCCAGGGGGUGCUGGUUGCCAGAAGCUGGAGCGGCCUCGGAGUAAGCACGUAAGCAAGCAGGCCAGGGAGCCCAGCCCGCCAGCCCGCCAGCCCUUGCUGUUGGGAAUGGACAGUGUGACCAGGUACCUGUCUUUGGGGCGGGGGGGGGGGGGAACAGCUCAGAGACCCAGGGUGGCAGCAGUGGCUACCUGGAGGACUCCCAAGGAGAGGGGAGAGGAAAGGAGGCCGAGGAAUCACUCCACAAGGGAGGGUGUUCGCAAAAAGGGUGAGAGGCUGCCAGGCAAGGGAUGACAUAAAAAGGCUCCUGAGCCCCACAGGGGUGCUGCAGAAAGAACGUAGUUGGUCAAGGGAGCCAUGGACUCAAAAAGGUUGAAAACCUCUGCCCUAGAUGAUGAUGGACUACAGCCGCCAUUGUUCUGAGACAUCUUAGCCACUGGUCAAGGAAGAUGGGACUUGUAGUCCAACAAUACCUCAAGCCUGAAGCUCACUGCCAGCUAACAUGGUCUUAAGCUGUUAGGGCUUUGAAGGAAACUAAUGACAUGGAUGUGAGAAAGCACCACUGAGUGAAUGCAACGCAGGUAGAGAAGUAAGAUUUAUCCCUCUGCAUCGCCCUGCAGGCCUAGUAAGGGCUCCAGUCUUUGUUCAGCUAGUCAGAUUUGCCUUGAGUCUUCUACCAACUCCUUCAUAAAAUUGCAGCCUUUUCUUUCCUCCUGUGGGGUGUGUGCAUAUACACAUACAUAUUAGUGGUAGCUCCUUGCUGAUGUACUUGCAGAUGAAGAGGUGGUUAGAAGAUCUGCCAGCCUAGUUAUGGAGAUAUGAAUCCUGUAGCUUUGGGUUAUUAUGUCACUGUGAACUGCUACUCAAGUGAGGAUCGCUGAAAUAUCUCCUAAUUUCAUUCGACACAUCCGCACUCAAGGCAAGAAUAUAGAGAUUCUCUUCAGAUUUCACCUCUGCAGAUUCCAAAAUCUCAUUCUCUAAGCAAUUACGAGCUAGGUUGGAUAUGGAACAAACAGUUAGUGUUUCAUAGUUGUUGAUGCUGAACAGAGCUUAGCUGGGUGUUCCCUGUGUUAUUUUGUGCAAAUAUUGCAUGCAUGUAUGUGCGUGUCUGCAUGUGUGGCAGAAUGGUGUUUAUCUUCCACAGCCAUCAUGCCGAGGUGCUAUUGCAUUAAUUGCACUUGCAAAUUGAGGUUUUCCAUUCCAGUUCCAGCCUGUGCAACUUUCCCUCCCCUGUCCUGCAUUUGACUGCUCUAGAUUCAAAUCAUCUUGUUAUUAAAUAUUUUUGGAGAGAACUUAUCAUGUAAGAACUUGAGUUGCCAGAUCCUCCAUCUAGAUACCAUUAAAUGCUCCAAGGUAUCAACACCAGGGCAAAUAUGCUGUUGGGGACGUAUAAGCUAUGUCACUCACUCUCCUCCUCCAGUUGCCCUGGGGUCAAAUUGGAGCCCUGCUGGCCACAGUAAGGUAAAGGGUAAAACAGAUUGUGGAGGAAGGUUAAAGAUGAAACGUUGAGGAUGCCAGAUGAGGUGGGGUAACUUUUAUUUCAGUUGUGGAAAUAACAGUUGCAUUAAACGAGCAUGUGGGGAUAUUAAAGGUCUAGGCACAGCCUCCAGGAGAGUUUACUGACCUCCCUAAUUUUUGCUGUGUCAGAUCAAAGACCCUGUGUGACUAGUACUAAACUUGACCACAUGGAUGGACAACUUGCAGUCUCUACUACUGUCCCUGCUUGCCCCCUUAACUCUUGGUUUCUAAAGCCCUUUUCUCUGAACAGAAGAUGUUUCCUUUGGACAGAGGUUUUGCUGCCCUGGGGAAAGUGGGCACAGCAUGCCUCUGAAACUGAGCGGAGCGGUGCUGAAUUCUUUCCCUUUGUGCUCUGUAGUCAAGUUUAAACCAUAUUGAAUAAAGAGCUACUUUGCCUCUGCUCAUUAAGCCACAAAGAUAUGUAACCGCAUACAGAUGGCAUUUUAUCCCGCUGCCUUUGACUUUCUCUUGUCUCCCCCCCCCCUUUCCUUUUUGUCCAUUAAAGGAUUAGCUGUUGGUCUUGGCAUCGGAGCCUUGGCAGAGGUUGCGAAAAAGAGCCUUAGAUCCGAAGAGCAGAAUGGUGAGUGUUCCUUUGCUUACUGCUAAUACAAGCAUCCGGUCGUGUCCUUGUCCCCAAACACAAUUUGCUCUACAAGUGCACAGAAUCACAACUAAAGGAAGGGCAGCACAACACUAUAGUCACUAGGGUAGUUACUAAUAAAAGUAUUACAGUGUUUUUGCAUCCAGAUUCCGCUCUCCCCCUGAACCUACGCAGCAACCUUCAAUUGUUUUCCUCUUUGAAUAAAUACUUCAAGGAGUAGUGGUGAUUCAGUGCAUUUAAGGAAAGCAAAUCCCCUUCCUCUUGCCCCUAAAGCAGGACAGGAGAAAGCUAAACUGUGGAGAAGGGUGAGCUUGUCCACCCCUUCAAAGAGUCUUCCUCUCUACUGACCCUGAUCAACACAGAAGCCCGCUGUCUAUUUGCUCAGGAAAAUGAAUGACUUCAUGGCUGCCUGUCCUGUUUUGCAGCAAUGCCUUUCUGGUUCUAUCCUUUCAGAUGAUUAAAUAAUAAUAAUAAUAAUGGUUCCAGUCCUUGUUUUACCAUAAAUAGAUCUCUUGUUUGUCUUGGCAUUGGCUAACGACAAGUCACUGAAGUGAAGGUUAUACAGAAUAUAUCUGCGAUAAGGAGUAAAGUGUUAUUGCACAGCAACAGCAAUGAAGUCAUUUCUGUACUUGCAUCUGAUCUUGGCCGAUGCAAGUUCACAAACUCAGGAGGGGUCAGCCAGGGCUGCGGAGAGAGGGCUGGACUUCCAUCCUGCCCAAGGUGCUCAUACCUCUUAAAACCAAAAUGGAUGCACUUGGAUUAGUUUGGGAAGAAGAGGACUGUGCCAAAUUUACAUCUUGCUGCCUGCUGCAAUCUGCUCUGAUUGUAUAUUUUAUCUUUAUGAACGCUGUUUUUAUUGUGUUAUGCGAGCUGGUCUUUGACCGUAAUAAAUUAUCUAUCUAUCUAUCUACAUCUUGCUGCCAUAAGCCAGACCUUCUGCUCUUCCUUUGUGUUGUUAUUGUUGUUAGGUAAAAUGUUUCCCACCUUAUUUCCCCACUCUUCAAAAUAUUAUAAGAGAAAGCUGCCCAACGUUGGUGAAUGGUCAAGGUGUAAGUCUGACAAAUCUGAUUCACUGGAUGCCUGGUUAUGGCUGGUAUUUAAUCAGGGAUGUGUAUAUUUGGCUUCUCUUUCUUCCCCACCGGUUUGCUACAUGUUAAAAAUGUGCAUCGGGAAAAGUAACCUGGGAGUAGUGGCCUUUAGUGCCAUACCUAACUGUGACUCCACCAAGGGUCCAUUUUUCCUCUGUAACAGGGCUAUAUUACUGAAAGGUCAAGAUCUCUGGUUGACAGUGCAAUUGGCCAUGAAGCCAGCCUCGUGCUCAAUAACGUUGCAAGGGGCUGCCUUUCCACUGAGCAUCUGACCCAUUGACAUAUGUGAACACCGAUCCUUCCUUAUGUGUGCCCACCCCCAGCAUAGGCAGGGGUGACUCUUAGCCUGAUUUUAUGCGGCCCUUCACCUAAUUGCAAAAGCUCUUGGCGAUAUGCCCUUCAGCUUGGCAGAUGGCAGAGAGAGAGAGAGAGGAGCGUGUCUGCCCAUUGCUAGUUUCAGCCCUGAUAACUGAAUGUUACGCCUGUAAGAACAGGAUGCUGGACUAUCUGGGUCAUUGACUUGAUCUAGCAGGCUAUUCUUGUGCUUCUUACAUUACCUGACAACUACACAUGACUUGCUGUCUUCUCUGGUAGGCUCUCCAAGGUCUCAAGCAGAGAUUUCUCUGUCUUAGUAUUGGGGUCCUUAUAACCUGAGCUGCUGGGGUUGAACAUGAAAGUUUUGGGAAGGUGCAUGGAAGUGGUGGAGCAUCUGCUUUGCAUGCAAUCCCUGGCAUCUCCAGGAGAGUCACUGCUGGCCAGCGUAGACAAUACAGAACCAGAGAGAGCAAUGGUCAUGCAGCUUUCCUUUGUUUGGUAUGUGAAGUGUGAGCUCUGUCACUAAACCCUCUUACCUUAGUCUUGCUCAAUCUGUGAUAACCUGUCCCUGCAUAAUGUUCCUCCCGUAAUUAUAGUAGCAUUUUCUUAGAGGUGCAUAUUAUAUUUGGAGAAACUGUUAGUUCCUUCCUGAGAGUGCAGAUGGAAUUUAUCUGAUCUCGCUUGAUGCCCUAAACUUUAGCAUCUCAGUUGCAACCUUUCCAGUAUGUUGGCUCCUGUUUCCUGACAGCAAAGCUUUCACUGUUCCCAUCAGACAGUUUCACAAAUGUGUGUUACCCCAUUCUGCUUGUGUAGUAUGUGAAAGUGUCUCAGUGCAUAUAUACUCCCCUGAAUGGGACUCCCUGCUGUGCACAGAGCAAAACUGGGGCAUGUAGAACAAGAGUUUAAAGUCACCUGUGGUCGACCUUAAAUCUCCUGCAGAAAUGUCAGAAUUUCUUGCAGAAAUAUCAGGCUGUACAAUCGCAGAAUCUGUGCACAGGUUCAAAAUGUAUAUCUGAAAAAGCAUGGUGGCAGAUCACCCUGAAUGGCUCUGAAGGCAUUCCCUUGCAACUCUUGCUCCUCAUAUUGGAGAGAACUUGUUCUCAAAGAAAGAUUGUGUAACAGUUCUGUUUACAUUUUUCUGUUUGCCAGAGGUACCUUGUAUAAUCGGGCACUCCCUGACCUGCAUGCAAGCUCAGCCAUACUAUGAAAGGGUGUAGAACUUGCUGUUGCUGGCAAAAACAGCAAGGUGAGGUGGGAGCAGCUAUUUUUAUGGGAUUUGGUUUAAGGAGACAUUGACCUAUUAAGGGCUUUUUCUGUUAAUUUGCUGGUGUGUUUAAGGAAGAAAAGUAGAAAUGUGUGUGUAGUGGUCAAGCUCAUGAGACCUUUUUCCUGACCACCUGUAGAUUAGCAGUGGAGGAACCUGUAGUCCUCUCAGUUCUGUUGGACUCUGACUCCUCACCCAGCAUGGUCUAGUGGUCAUAGAAACUGGGAGUCCUAUAUGGAAGGCCACUGCUUCCCCAUAUCUCUUGUUAUAACUAAAAAUAUGAUUCUACAUUCUACAUUAGUAUGGAAAGGAUAGAUCGCUGGUUUUAAAAGAGAUGUCUGUGUUCUUUAGUCAAUUCUGCAGCUCUCAAGCAAACCCCCCCUUUCCAGGGAGAAGCUAGGAGGAAAGGGGUAAAAAAAGGGUGAGGCAGAGACGUGAAGGAUACUGCCUGUUUGGCUGCCUGGAGUAGAAGACCAGAAGGGGUGAAUUUUAAAUCGUGCUGCCUCUCAUUCAGAAGAUAACAGGGAAAUCAGCCUUUAGAAUCGUUCUGGAAAGGAGAUAGAAGAGAAGAAGAGUUUGGAUUUGAUAUCCCGCUUUAUCACUACCCAAAGGAGUCUCAAAGCGGCUAACAUUCUCCUUUCCCUUCCUCCCCCACAACAAACACUCUGUGAGGUGAGUGGGGCUGAGAGACUUCAGAGAAGUGUGACUGGCCCAAGGUCACCCAGCAGCUGCAUGUGGAGGAGCGGAGACCCGAACCCAGUUCCCCAGAUUACGAGUCUAUCGCUCUUAACCACUACACCACACUGGCUUUCAUAAACAUCAAUUGUUCACAGCUGGUGAGGAAAACAGGGGCAGUAAAGCAGGACAGGAGAUUUAGGCUCAACACUCAGAAGACAACCUUUGCAAUCCUAUAACACGGUUUAGGCUGAUACAAGGUAGGCUUUGCAAAUGCUCUCCCAAUAGACCUCUUCCAGUGAAGGUUGGAGAGGCAUCAGAGAACGUUUCAGAUAUCUUAGACUGCGAUCCUUAACACACCUAGUAGGUGUGGGAUUUACACAUUUUGGGUAAUGUUGCAUGGAACAACUGUUAAGAAUAGGGAGUGGGCACGAAAGGGAUGGCUCAUUUGGUAGCAGGUGCUCUCCAGCUAGUGAGUGCAAGUUUUGAUCUGGCAUUUGCUCUGUUCCUGAAGAUGUCCUUCCACUUAAUAGUGAAAUCAAUACGGAACAUCAGGAAAUGGCAAUAUCAAUCAAAAAUAAUAGCAGUAAGUUCUGUAGGUUUCCUCUUUGAGUUUACCUCUGCGAUUCCAGGUCAAGUUUGUUUUUCUGAUGAAGUCAAAAGAUGUAUCCUGUGGCUGCCUCUUGUCUCCACCUGCCCAUCUUGUCAUUCAUUCCGAAAAGACUUUUCAAAUGAAGCAUCACGGCUCACUUUUUUGCUGUUGUUCUCUUCCGAAGAGGAGCAACAGUAUGAUUUUGUCGGUAGAGUUUGGCUGUUAAGAGCUGCUGCUAAAAUUAUGGGGUAAAGGCCCCCACCUCACAAUACCCAAAUAACCCCUUUCAGAGAAGAGUUAAAGUGCCGUGAGCUUAUUUUCCAAGGCAUGAGAGACCUUGGACCCACCAGCCAACUUGUCUUUGGCUGUUCCCAUUCAAGCUAUCCUGGAAAGAGAAAAAAAAAGGUGUGCAAAAGUUUAUGUCCAUCGUGCAUUCUGGAUGAGAUUCACUGUGUCUGUCAAGCAAGCCAAGUAAAAAUAGCUCUGUUGGUCACUGCUAACCUUCAAAGCUGUACUUAUGGCAGCAGAGGAAAAAUUAGAGGUGAUCCCAGAUAGCUGUUGGGAAGGACAGUCCUUCCAGGGCCGUGAAAUGAAAUCCAGUCUCUACAUGCCCUCUUCUGUCAGGAGAGGAGAGUUGAGUUGUGCUUCAAGGUCAGUAAACAGAUUUGUUGCAGCAGUACCUGCUCAGAGCCUCCAAUGAGUUUCAGUAUUUCAGGAACAAAUAAGUUAGGAGUCCAUGGCCCAGCAAAUAGAAAUCCCUGCCCUGUGAAGCCUUCAUGUUUUUGCUUCAAACUUCAUUAAAAGGGUGGGGUUUCUUGGGAUUAUACUGUCUCAGGAUGCAGAAGGAGAUACUGUUCAUGUAUGUCACCACAGCAGCAAGAAUUCUUGUGGUGAGGAAGUGGAAAAACGAAACAAUACUGACAAUCGCAGGAUUGGCAGAUACUCAUAUUAGAAUAUUUACAGCUAGCAAAACUGACAGGAAGAGUUAAGGAGUAUUGAACCAGAAAAUAUUUGGAGAAUGGAGAAUAUUUAAGGAUUAUAUAAGAUCAUAUUGUACCAACCACACCAUAUUAGCAGAACUUGAGUGAUACUUGUAAACACAACAAAUACCAUUUGUGGAGUAGACGGGAACAAUAUUAAAGAAUAUAAAAUUGUGCGGGGAAAACCGACGACAGUAUAAACAGUACAAUGAGAAUGAUUAGAAGACUCGUUUUGUCAGAAGUCUUUUUUAUUUACGUGUUUAUUUAAGUAUUAAUUAGGAAGAUUAAGUUUUUUUAUGCACUUAAAUCUGAUUUUUCUUUCUUUUUUCUGUAUUUUCUUUUCUUCUUAAUUGUUUUUUCUUUAGUUUUCUUUUUGUAGUAUGAGAUUGUAAAUUCUUUGUACAGUAUAUGUGUGUAAUUUAAAUUAAUAAAGAUUAUUUAAUUAUUAACAAAAAAAGAUGGAGAAGGAGAAUUGUUAUUGUUAUUAUUUAUUAAAUUUAUCUGCCACCCUUCAUCCUAGAUCUCAGGUUGGUUCACAAUAUAAAAAUACAAUAUGAAUACAUAAUAAAAAUAAAGAACAAAAACAACCCAAUCUCCCCCCCCCCCCCCCCCGCCUGCACAUUUAAAAGAGUGUUGGAUGUUAAUCAGCUAAAGGCCUGUUUGAAGAGGCCUGGCGCCUAAAGGUAUAUAAUGAAGGUACCAAGCGAACCUUCCUGGGGAGAGCGUUCCACAAAUGGGGAGCCCUGUUCCUGUGUUGCCACCCUCCGGACCUCGUGGAGGAGAGGCACACGAAGAAGGGCCUCAGAUAAUGAUCGCAGGGACCUGAUCGGUUUGUAUGAGGAGAGGUGGUCCUUCAGGUAUUGCAGUCCUGAGCCGUUUUAAGGUCAAAAGCAGCACUUUGAAUUGGGCCCAGAAACUAAUUGGUAGCCAGUGCAAUCAGACCAGGAUUGGUGUAAUAGUCUCAAGCUGUCUUGCCCUGGUGAGCAACCUGGCCACCAAAUUUUGCACAAGUUUCAAGUUUCCUAACUGUCUUCAGGGGCAGCCCUAUGCACAAAGUGUGUGCAAAUGUGUUCACUCAUUAAGAUUUCCUUGUGUCUGUGGCAAAUAGUACCUCCUAGGCAAAGGCUUCUCAGCUCGUCUUCUUGGCACCCUAGCUUUGCAGAGGCAGGGAGGUAAAACGUGUGAGAGCACAUUUGAACAAAGCGUUUUGAGAUGAAUUUUAGUCCAAAAUCUCUGGAUGGCACCAGGUUGUCUGCUUUUACCUCCUUUAUAUUGAGGAAUGCUGCACAGUAAUUGAUACUUCUCUACCACCUGAAAGGUGAAGAAAGCAAGGUGCUUUGGACCAAGUGGGUACAGUGCCAAUAGUAGCACCCAUGCAGCAUUUUCCUUUAUUUUUUUACCCUGUCCUCAGGCAAAAAGGCUGUUAUGGAUACCAGUCCAUUUAUGUCGGAGGCCAAUGCAGAGAGAAUCGUGAGGACCCUCUGCAAGGUUCGAGGAGCAGCGCUGAAGCUGGGGCAGAUGCUGAGCAUCCAAGGUAAGGAUGAACAGCAUGUUGGUGCUCCUUGAAUCCUCCCCCUUUGAUCUCUCAUCUCUCGGGUGAAUUUUUGACUCUCCCAACCAUUUUUCCCUUUUGGGAGUUUCCUGACUCUUUUCCAGAUUUUGUUCAGUUUUGUAGGUAUUUCAGAGCCAGGAAGCAGAAGAGGCAGUAAUACAGUUUCUGUUUUAUAACCCAGCACAACAGUGCCUUUUUUUGGGAAUUUUGUACAGAGGGAAAGUGCCUUUUGAAGUAACUGCUCAAGUUUAUAUUUUGUAAAAUAAUCAUAGGAGAUAUUUGCCAUAAUGUCCUCAGCAGCCUUGGUACAACAUGAAACCCAACAGAGUACCCAUUAAGGCUGCAAAUGCCCCCCAGGAUUCCAUGCUAGAAUAUUGCAAAUGUAGACAUUGUGUUGUGACCAAGAGAAAAUGGAAUAGUGGUAUUAGCAGAAGAGUGUGUGUGUGUGUGUGUGUGUGUGUGUGUGUGUGUGUGUGUAGAUGAUCCAUAUUUGAUGUGGCUACCACCAAAGUUACUACAAUGGUGGGAUCUGAAGUAACUACUAGAGCAAUGUGGCUUCUCUCUCUCUCUCUCUCUCUCUCUCUCUCUCUCUCUGUGUGUGUGUGUGUGUGUGUGAGAGAGAGAGAGAGAGAGAGAUAAUUUAACUAAGAUUCUUCCCACUAAUAGCAUAGCAUUGCCAAACCCACUGGAGGCUUUUAAAGAAAUAAACACAACCGAAGGCCAAGGCAAUGCUCACAAAUCUGAUGGACAUUCUGUCCCUCCUUUAAACUUCGCCAGCCUUCUGAGAAAGAUGCAGUUCUGUAUUUCUGAAAAGGACCAGGAAAAUGAGCUUUCCCCAGCAAGAGCCCUUUGCUUCCGUUAAAAACAAUAGGUUGAUGCAACUUGCAGGCUGCCCUCUGCUUGCAGUUGCUUCACCCUGCAAAACUUUACCAUGAACCCUUUCUGUGGCCAGUGUCUUGCCCAACCUUAACUGCAAGGGAGGAACGGACUGUCACUGCUUAAUUGCAGGGGUGUCUUUUAUUGUUUAGUCUAAACCAUAAACCACAAAGAGGAAAAUCUGUAGCUCAGCAGCAGAGGACAUGCUUUGAAUGUGGAGGGUCCCAGGUUCAGUCCUUGGGUUGCAUCUGGGAAUGUCAGCUUUCAGACAAGUGUUGCCAGCAUUCAUCUAGAUGGGCCUAAUGGUCUGACUCUGCAUAUACUUUGCUUCCUGUGUUUUUGACCACAAGCAUGCUUUGUUAAAAAAAUAAUCUGGUUGGUUACUUCAGCACCAGUUGGCAAAUCGUUCUUUCCAGAGUUCUUUGAAGGCCUAAUAAACUUGCCAAAUAAAUAGCAAGUGAAGGCGGUUCAUCGGCAUGUUAGCGAGCAAAGCAGAUAAGUGUUGGAAUAGACAUGCAAGUCACAGCUGAUGCAAGUGUUUAUUCUCUGUUUUUCUGAGGUGGUGAAAGUAGAGCAGCCUGUUGAGAAUUGAAAUGUUCUCCUGCCAGCUCCAGUCCUUCCUGCUAUGUCUCGGAAGGGACGGGGGUAGGAUAGAUGAGGUUUCAGCACACAACACCCCCAUGGAGGAUGCCACACUUGCUUUCUUUGCUUGUGGAAGCCUUAGGAUGAGGGAUAUCGCCAGGAUCUCGUGGGCGUUCUUCCAUCGUGCCCAAAUUCAGUACCCCUUCUUGAGCAAAGCUCUUUUGCACUGGCUCUUAUGAGAGCCAGUGUGGUGUAGUGGUUAAGAGCAGUAGUCUCAUAAUCUGGGGAACCGGGUUCUCGUCUCCGCUCCUCCACAUGCAGCUGCUGGGUGACCUUGGGCCAGUCACACUUCUCUGAAGUCUCUCAGCCCCACUCACCUCACAGAGUGUUUGUUGUGGGGGAGGAAGGGAAAGGAGAAUGUUAACCGCUUUGAGACUCCUGAAGGGGAGUGAAAGGCGGGAUAUCAAAUACAAACGCCUCUUCUUCUUCUUUUGCACCUUCUAAGCUGCAAAAAUGAGCUUGAAGGUUUGUGGGCAAGGCCUGUACGUAGGUCAGGGGAUCUGACCCUUUGCCAUGUGUGAAGGAAUUGAGUGGGUGGGAAUGGAUCCCUCCUUACUGGCAGGUCCCUGUUUUGUAUAAGAGCUGGGGCCGCACUGUAGUGUGUCCAGCUGCUUCGAGGAUUUCAUGGUCCUACUGCCAGGGACCCAUUCCCCUUUCUGUUCUGCUUUAGGGGAUAAUAAACAGAUGUGAAUUUACUUUCCCAAAGCUUUAGAGGCACACAAUUUUGUUUGUGUGUGAGGGGAAAAUUUGGAACACAACAGGUCACUUAGCAUCUCUGCAGUGUCACACAGGGAGAUUCUAAUGAGAAAAUUUAGGGAUUUGCUUUAAAAACAACAACUAAUGAAACAAAAUAACAAAAUAUAAAUAAGUUUAUUUGGAGAAGAGUGAAGGCAAUGAUUUCUCUCUUGCGCACACUUUAGGGAAAAUUCCCUAAAGAUAAUUGCCUUUUUUGUAUAUGAUGUUCUUUUUGUUUAUUUGUUCUUUAAGUAUUUGAAACCCAAAUUACUAAAUAAAUUAAUUCCCUGAAGUCAAUUUAACAUAGCUAGCUGCAUGUUGCUUGCUUGAGCAGAACAUUGGGUUUCAGAGCAUAUGCAGAGUUCCUUGCAGCAGGGGGGGAGUCUUCGGGCUUCUCAUUGGAUAUUUCAAGGAUGACAAAGACUGAGGGUAAAGUGUCAUAUGUUUAUAGGAAUUUAUGAACAAUAAGCUGGCUCCUUUGUGCAAGAUAGAAUGUUGUCUGACCCUAGCACAAAAUCCACUCACGUCUAUAUGUCAGUGCUCAAUCCGAAAUGUACUGAAGGCUACUUCUACCUUUUUAAUGAGACUGUACUUGCAUAUCAAAGGAACUAGCUAUCAUGUUUAACUAUGGCUCUGAUUGCCUGACUGGGCUUGUGUUUUCCUCUUGUCAGAUGAUGCCUUCAUCAACCCUCAUCUGCAGAAGAUUUUUGAACGUGUCCGUCAGAGUGCAGACUUCAUGCCAUUGAAGCAAAUGAUGGUGAGGAUUUGCCUGGGCUGUGUGACAGGAGGGAGCCUCGGGGAUCAAAGUGGACGAACAGAAGUAGACCUGUGCUGAAAGAGAAAGCAGGCGCCUUCCUCUAUUUACAGGUUCUGGGCCAUUGCUGAGCAGGCUGCGAGAACAAAGCAUUAAAUAACCUUACUGCACCUUCUUUCCUUGCCUACACCAUUUUUUUAAAAAAUCAUGGUGGAAUUCAUUGUUUAGCUCUCUAAUUUGUAUACAUUAGUGGCUGCUUGGAUUUUUAAUCCUGGCCAUUUAUAUGCCCUUGGUGCUUGUUUGCAGUUGUCGGUUUGUCAUAGCUGGAUUUCAAAGUCCCUAGUCUAAGCAACAAGUGGUAGUGUCUACCUGGGAAGGGAAAACUCCAAUUUGUGUUUUUUAUUCACCGCUAGAAAACUUUGAACAAUGACCUUGGUCCCAACUGGCGUGAUAAGUUGGAGUUCUUUGAAGAGCGACCUUUCGCUGCAGCUUCGAUUGGACAGGUUCACCUGGGGCGCUUGAAGAACGGGAAAGAAGUUGCCAUGAAAAUCCAGGUGGGCCUAGUGGUCUUCAGUGUUUUCAGAGUUGGCGCCCACCAGUAGCUCUGAAUAUGCACUUUGAGACCCACUCCUUGAUGUUUUACAAUAUAUUAGUUUCAUAGAAGUAUAGAAUUGUAGAGUUGAAGGGAUCCCGAGGUUCAUCUCAUCACCUUUGGCCCCUGUGUGAAGCCUAUGCGGCUGUAGGGUAGUUCUGUCACUGUGCCCCUAACACUUCUGUCUGAGAUCAACAGACAUUUUCAGAUGGAGGACAGGCUCCUUCAAAUCCUGAACCUGAUUCUUGGGUUGUGACAAAGUAUAUGGUACGAAUGGUUCACACAUUAUAGUUCCCUUUUUUGCUGAUCAAACUGUGUGUCUGAACCAUUUGUACUAUAGACUUGCGCAAUAUGGGGGAUGAUGUGCCAGAAGCAUUUUCCUUUUCUGGAAAUCCUGGUUUUGGCAAUUGCCAUAAUUCUCUCCAUUGGGAGUUCGAAUGAUCCCCAUGACAGUAGAAAAGUCCUGUAGAUAGGGAGCCUCUGGCCCUUCAGAUGUUGGGCUCCAACUUCCAUCAUGGUCAAGGAUGAUGGCAUUGUAGUCUAACAACACCUGGAGGGACCACCUGCUCUAGAUCUUUUUUUUAUAUAUAUAAGAUAUUUAUUAAGAUUUUUUAAAAUAUUACAAUAAAAAUGAAAAAAAAAAUGACAAAAAUACAAAAUAAAAAUAGUUAAAAACACACAGAUUUUCCAUUACUUAUUUUCCUUUGACUUAUUUCCCGGACCUCCUCAUACCUCCCUUUUUUUGUAUUCCACUUCAAUCUGUUGGUUCAGCAAAUCCUUUAAAAGUAAUAAUAUUCAAUUUUUACCUAUUUAUAACCCUUUUUUCAUAUUCCCUUAAAGCAUUACAGCUGGAAACCACUUAAUUACCAUCCAACAUCAUUCUAACAUUCAUUAAUUUUACAAUAUUUCUGUAGAUAAUCUUUGAAUUUCUUCCAGUCUUCCACCGACUCACCUGCUCUAGAUCUAAGGUUUUGCUAGGUGGCAUUUCUUGGGCUGUUGUCUCUCUCCCCCGCCCCUAUUUUUAAGCCCAGUGUAGGUUAAAAGUGACAGAAAGUUCCUGUUCUUGCAGCUGUUCAUGUCAGUCUGCUACCCAGAGCACAGGUGCUAAGCUGUGAAAAUUGGCUCCCUUGGCUCUUUUUUAGAAAGGAGGUGGAGAGGAUGGAAUUUUAGACUCCGCAGGCUAUGCUUCGCAGGAGCAUUUGAGAAGUGUGCUGUCAGGUUUGGACAGUCUAAAUUACCUUGGAGAGAGGGAACUGUAGCUCAUUAUGCCUCCCCUUAAUUAUUUUCCAAACCAGCCUGUGUUUCUUAUGCAGAGUAAACUGCAUUAUCGUAGAACUCUCUUGAUUGUGAUAGGACUGUAUCUUUUCUGAAGGAUUUUUGCAAAUGAUGGGGAAACAAACCGUUCAAUCCUGGGAAAUUUCCCUGUUUGGCAGGCAACUCUCCAGGUUCUCAGACAGUAAAAAACCAGGGGGCAGAGCUGCCCGCCUCUAGGCUGGAUCAUGCUUGUAGAACCUUCUAGGAUCAUAGAAUUGUGGAGUUGGAAAGCAUCCUGCGGGUCAUCUUGUCCCACCUUUUCUACUCUGCCCCACUCUUGCCCCCUCCUCCCCAUCUCAGCUCACCCUCCUUUAUCCUCAGUAAAAGAGGCCUGCAGAGUAGCAGCAACUAGAGUGGCUAGCAUCUUUCAGAAAGAUGCUCUUGCUGCCACAGUCCAUAGCUGGACCUCCAGGCUUCUCCAUGAACCUACCUGCCUGUGACUGUUGUGGCAGGGAGUGGUUUCUGCUUUCCCAAAACACAAAGCAAGAAAACGUCAGUGUGGCUGGGGAACAGGAGUGGGAGGAGGAGGCAUGAGAAUGUGUGUGAGUUGCUCCUGAUGGAAAGCAUGUGUGCCGUUGUGGGUGGGUGGGGAAGAGAAUGGAUGAAUGGGGUGUCUACCUGUGGGUGGAUGGGAGGAACGAGGGAUGUGGGGCUUGCGCAUGAGAAAGUGGCAAGCAGAGAGAAAAGGGGUGGCUCUACUUACUCUUAGGCAAGCAAUACUGUGCUAGCUGGAUCAGACACAGGAUUAGCCAGGUUCCCGUGACCUCUUUUCACCCUUGCAUUUCAGCACCUUUAUUUAGGGAUUUUGUUUUUGCCAUGACUGAAGCCUUGACCCUCUGUUUUAGUUCAGGAAAGUGUAGCAGGUGUUUGAACUGGAGGAGGUGCUCAGCAUUUCCAUUUCUCUCUCUCUCUCUCUCUCUCUCUCUCUCUCUCUCUCUCUCUCUCUCUCUCGUGCAGUAUCCUGGAAUAGCCCAGAGCAUCAAUAGUGAUGUCAGCAACCUGAUGACUGUCCUGAGCAUGAGCAAUGUUCUCCCAGAAGGUAACUUUGGGAAGGGGGCUGUUGUGCAAGUCUUCUGUGUGUGUCUGCUGAACACUACUCUGUUGUCUGCUGUCAGUGUUAAAACAGUUGGUUGGAAGCUUCACCUGCUGCCUCUUACAAGCAGCGUAGUUGCUAAGAUGAGACAUAGAAUGACGCUGGGGUAUUGCCAGGUGCUUAAAAGACCAGGAGCCACAGGCCCAUGAUUUGCCUCUGGGCAUAUGAAGAUGGGUUGUGCCCUGGGUUUCACUUUGUAGAGGGCCCAGCUGAGGGUUUUUGGGGGGGAUGGAGGGAAGGGCAGAAUAUCCAGGGCUUGGGCCCCCUGGGCUACCACCUCUGCCCCACAUAUUCUGGGGGACAACCUCUCGCUAUUGUGCAACAGGUUAUUACAUGAAAUGUGGGGUGAGUUUUUAGCCUAUGUUUACCUGAUAGAAAUCCAUUCUGCUUUGCUCAUCUGGAAGAAAAGUCCAAUCAUGUCCAAACCCACAGGAGAGCCCAGCAUUCUGAACCUGAUAUGUGGCAAUGAAGAGAGAGUAGCAAGAUUGCUGUGUAACGUAACUCCUCCCUCCCUCCCUCGUUGGCAGUCUGUGGACUGGCUGCCAGAUGGGAGCAGAGCUCAGGCAGACAGAACCACUUUGUCCUUUGAACUUCUUUUGCCUGGCUGUGGGAAUGCUGGGCAGAGAUCCACAACCUUAAUUGUAAUCCCCCCUUGAUAUCUCUCAUUAAUCUUGGCAUCAAAGAAGCCGUGGGAGGCUAUAAGUCCGCAAAUGCUUUGUAUCACCACCUUUUCCAUUUAUGGAGCAUGGGUGGCUUCAGUAUUUGCCCCUCGGGAUGCCGAUACAUGCCUAAAUUGAUUUCGUAUGUGUGGGGGGAUGCUAUUCCUGAAGUCCAGGAUGCGUUAAUUUUAGGAGAACCAUUCAUGCUUUGCAGAGAGGUGCAGUUGCUACAGUUAACUAAGGACGUUUGUAUAUGGCUGAAAGUAACCGGCGAAGCGCUGCCUUCCAGGCUGAGCUCUUUUCUCUGUUGAGGAACCUUUUUCAGUCCGGGGGCCACAUUCCUUUCUGGGCAGCCUCCCGAGGGCCAUAUGCCCAUGGUGGGUGGGGCAAAGAAGAAAUGGCAGGUUUUACCUUAUGUACACUAGGCUAGUUUCUACAUACACUUGUGUGGUCCUCUCUGUUCACCAUCCAGAUAAGCAAGAGGCGUUAUCAGGGUUCAUGGACACAUGCCAGCCAGGGCAAAAUAUCUGAGGAGCAAAUAGGGCCAGUGAGGGGCUUGGCCUGGUAGUGUUCCAAGGGCCAGGCAGAGAGAAGUGGAGGGCCGCAUUUGGUUCUAAGGUCUGAGGUCCCCCACCCCUGACUCUGUCAUUGUUUCUAUUUCAGUCCUAACCUGCUUCUUUCUCCUGCCGUUUUGCCUCCAGGUCUCUUCCCUGAGCAUCUGGUUGAAGUGCUGAGCAGAGAGCUGGCCCUGGAAUGCGAUUACAAGAGAGAAGCUGCCUGCGCUAAGAAAUUCAGGUGUGUUUUAUGGGGAUCUGCCCCCGCCAGAUGCUGCAAUGAGGGAUUCUGGUUUUAUCCCAAACACCUGGGCUUGUGCAUGCUGUUGGACUAGGGGGAAAGAGGCUCAGAAAAGAAUCUAGAGUAGCAAGUGGAUGCUUUUGGGCAAAAUGGCGUUACCUCUGCUGAACCCAGAUGUUGCAGAAACCCCAGGCCCCUGCAGGGGUUGGGCAGCUUCUUAGCAUUUUGUCUGUUGCCCCUCAGGGAGCUGCUCAAGGACCACCCCUUUUUCUAUGUUCCUGCUGUGGUGGAGGAGCUGUGCAGCCCACAUGUCCUGACGACGGAGCUGGUGACUGGGUUCCCGCUGGAUCAAGCCCAAGAACUCAGCCAGGAGAUAAGGAACGAGGUAUGGUCGCCUGGCCCCUUUUCAGCUUGGAGGUGGAGGAAGAAGAUUGGUAGAACCAGAGGACACGGGCCUCUUCCUCAGGCCAUUUUGCGAGAGAGGUCCUUUGAAUGGACAGGUUGGGGCCAUGCUGAGUAUUGUGUGCAGAAAUCGAUCGCUUGGGAAUGGUGGGCACCCUAGAAAAUGUUUUGCUACUGGUUGUGUCUUGCAAAUCUCAGUAUUGGGGCCACCUGCACUGGGGACCCCAAAGCCACUGGCUUUGCUAAUCUGCAAACCAUCUUUCAGAUAGACAGCCUGACCUUGUGUGUAGGAUGACCAGCUUGGCAAAAGAGAUCAUCUCAUCCUGGAACGAGCAAUCAGAAACGCGUCCCCCUCUUGUUGCAUAAGCACCCAAAUAUAGGCUUCUCUGUUGGGCCAGUCCUAGCAGCUGAAGCCUGGUAGAAAAGUACUGGGUAAACAAGAGGUCAGACGAGAGGUGAAGCAUGGACAAAAGAGCAUCGGAGCCAAAUAUAGCAAGGGGCUAGAAAGUUAACGGGAGGACAAGCAAGUCUGACUACAGCCAGAUUGGCAGAUGGACUUGGUCUGGUAUUCCGACGUGCCCCAUAGGAGGCCAUUAAACACCCUUAACAGCUGUCAGCAAGUCACUGAGCGGGAGUAUAAAGUUUGGUCUCUAGACAACAAAACUCCCGGGUACAUGAUGUAUGUAGGUCUAGGCUUUGUCACUCUGACGUGUUGCUGCUCUGCCCUUUUUCCCCUCCAGCAGUCCUCUUUCUGUGUCGGCAGAAGCUGGUCUCGGCUCCGACAAGUGUGCCUGUAUGGCAUCUGUGUUUUCAAGCACAUGUUGCCAUGUUUGCACUUUGCCUUCCCAUCUGAGGUGCACACUUAAAUCCUGACCCUUUGGUUGCUGAACUAAAUUUUCACCAAAACAAUGGUGCAAUUGGUGCUCUCUUCUUCCUCAGCCCUUCUCUCCUGUAAAUGGCAUCCCUACUCUGGGCCACUAACUUGGCCACAAUGCUGGCUCAAUAACUCCAGCCUUUCUGGAAGCUAGAGGGCAGUUAAGUGACCUCUUGCUGGUCCUUAUAGUUGGGCGAGCAACGUAGUUUCACCCCGACUAUAUCACAUGUUACACGAAAGGGGCCACACUUCUUCUAGAGCUUUGUAGUUGUGCAUUGUCCAAAGCAGUGACUCUUUGGCAUCUCUCUCUCUCUUUCCUCCUGCCUCCCUCCCCAAGGAGAUGUGUAAUCCACCUAAUCCCAGGAGUCUUUGUAGCAUCCUCUGCCUGCCAGACAGACAUUCAUGAUAGCUGUGACUUACAGCUUCAGUAUAUUCUGAAUAUCUACCUAAUCUGAUGCAAGUGGGAGCUUUUCUAAUUCAUUUUUGUCCCUUUGUUGCAAUUUUUGCAGAUCUGCCACAACAUACUCGUUUUGUGCCUGCGAGAGUUAUUUGAGUUCAGAUACAUGCAGACAGAUCCAAACUGGUCCAACUUCUUCUAUGACCCAGAAUUGCAGAAGGUAAAUGGCUCUAGCUGGACUUGGCACUAGCUGCUUAUGCAGCACUCGCUUCCUUUUUUUGCAAUGGCUUCUUGGCUAAUGUGCUCCUUUAGGUGGAGGUGGUUCGAUUAGCUGGGCAAGUGGGUUUGAGGGUAGCGCCUGGAAUCUGGAGUUUGUGGGUUUUAGGUGGAAAAGGGAUCAUAUUUCAUGGAAACGAUACAGCAAGAAUGUAAUGGGAGGGAUAGUAAGACUCUGCUGACAAUCAAAUAGAAUUCCACUGAUGAUGUCUUUGAAGGAAAAGGUAAGAAAUUCUCACCUGCCAGAUGCCUAGAGCAGGAAUGGGGGAAGCUGUUUUCCUUUUGAAGGGCCGUUGACCCACUGGAAAAACCAGCAUUGCAGGACUGUAUAGCUCAGGCAUAGGCAAACUCGGCCCUCCAGAUUUUUUGGGACUACAACUCCCAUCAUCCCUAGCUAACAGGACCAGUGGUCUGGGAUGAUGGGAAUUGUAGUCUCAAAACAUCUGGAGGGCUGAGUUUGCCUAUGCCUGGUAUAGCUCUUCCUCUGUGCCACCCCACCUACCUCUCUCACAUAUCAGAGAGCAGGACUUGGGCUCCCAGGGUCUAGAGGGCCAGAAAUUAAGCGGAGCGCUGCAGGUUCCCCACCCCCACCCCCAAGCUCUGGAGAAAUUUACCUUCUUUAGGGGCACUGGAGCAAUGGCUAUUAAACUUUCAACAUCCAGAAGACCCUUUCCAUAUUAACUUGUUCUGCUAAGGAAAUGUGGUGUGUGCAUUGCAGGGGAUUCUGCAUCUUAAUCUAAGCCCCAUCCAUGUGUGCUUGAGCAUAAACCCCGUGCCUUCCUAUAGCUGUGCAUUGCAGCCACUGUGUUGAAAUUUGCUGAGGGGACCCUCUUUCCAUGGUGGUUAUUUGGUCCAUCCUCAUGUUUGUGCUAUGUGACCCUUCCAACCAGGUGGGCUGUCCAAUUGUCCUUGUUUCCUUAGCUUUGUUAGAACUGGGGACAAAGUGCUGAAAUUCUCCCAAUGAAAGGAGGGUUCUUGCCAGCCAUGUAGUUUUUGUAUAUAAAAGCACAUGUACUAAAGCAACCUGUGAAGUGUUGCUGUUUUAGGUUUUCACCCUAUCCCAAUAACAAGUGGGAAAAGAAAGUGGCUUUAUGAAGAACUCCAGCUCUUUGUAGCACUUAAUAUUGUUCUGACAAGCAUCCGGAUGCUCUCGGUGUAAUAGUUUCUGUUCUAGUGUAAAAAACCACAUUUGUACAUCUCAUUCAGGUGGCGCUUCUGGAUUUUGGCGCAACCCGGGGUUUUGAUGAGGAAUUCACAGACCUCUACAUAGAGGUGAGGACUCCUAAAACCUUUUGUGAUGGUUUGUUGUUUUGUGGGCUUGAGAAGCAUGUUUGACUUGUAAGUCGCUGGAUUGAAAGAAAGCUAGAGGUUUAACUGGCUUUUUAGUUCUCCCUUAUCUCAGGCAGCCCAACUUUGUUGGUUGCAUUCUAAAAUUGGAGAACUUGGACUGCUGUCAUAAUUCACUUUUUCCUAAUGUGGAUUUUUUAAAAUGUGCAAAGGGAGUUGAUGGUGUGAGGGAAAUUGCUUUUAAAACCUUAGUAACGCUUAAGAUGUGUUGCUGUUUGUUUUUAUUUAAAUGACCCAAGUACAUAUUCUAUUGUUCUUGUGGACAGACUCAAAAUUGCUUUUUAGCAAACUGCCAUAGGGAAUAUAUUGGUCCUUUCCCAGUGAAAUAGGUAUUGUUGCGCAGGACCCAGAGAUUUUCUCUUAAGUGGGACUUGUGCAGUGAAAACUGCAAUAUUUUCCUAGUAGUCUAAAAACAAAUGUCAUUCUGAGAAAAGUAUUCUCCCCCUUUCUGGCAGUAUCUGCUCAAGGCAAGCAUCUGGACUCUUGAAAAGGGUUCCAUGCUGCCAGCAAAGAGUAGAGCCCCUUUUGCCUGCUGAUUUUUCAUGGGUUGGAAUAUGUCCUGUGUUUCAAUUGUAACUAGCCAUGUUAAAUUAGGGCAUCCAUUCGCAGUAUACCAACAUUUCUUAUUGUUUCACUGGUAACACAGGAGGGAAAAUGACCAUUACUAAAUCUUAAUUUAAGCAUAACCACAAGGACUCCCAGUUGGGCAUUUAGCUUUGCAAUGUGGAAUGUUAUCCAUUAACUCUGUUCUAUCUGGUUUCCCCUUCGCUUAAAGCAGUUCACAAACCAGUAACUUCUUCAUUGACCACUAAUAAGGAACUGUAUGUCACAGACAUUACUUCUGCAAAUUCAUUAUGCUAUUUUUAUACACAUAACAUGUGAAGACUUGGUCUAUUCAUUUGUAUCAUUUAUUAUUCCCAUGAUCCUUGUUUAUAAAACCCAAUAAAAAGUUACAUUAAACAAGGGCAUGCAUUCCUUUCAUCCUAGUAUCACAUUUCUGGUCUCAAGUGAAGACAGCUGAAGUUUGUGAUCUUUCAGAACUGCUCACGCUUCUUAAAGGCUUGGCCGAAUUCUUUUUUGUGGGAUGAAAACAUAUAGCUUUCCUAGUAUUGACCAUGUUUCUGAGUAAAGGAUUUUCCUUGCUAUUGAAGUGCUUAAUAGGAUUGGCUCCCACCUACACCUUCUGGCUUUUGAAUUUUUCUUCUUCUUCCAAUACAGUUAAUCAAAGCAGCUGCUGACAUGGACAGAGAGAAGGUGCUGAAGAAAUCAAUAGAAAUGAAAUUCCUAACUGGCUAUGAAAACAAGGUACAUAAUAGCACCAAACAAUCCACUCUUUGUUCAGCUACCGGUGCGACUUCAGUCUCCUUUAGAAACUUCAGCUAAAUAAUUACUCCCCUUUUGAAGCUACCUAUUUAUUGUAUCUAUAGAACUUAAAUGUCUCUUGCCAAUGCCACCAUGGGGGUCAACAUUAGCUGCAGCUCUUAAGUGGCAUAUCUCAUCACUCCUUUCAAAUCCAGCUUAAUUUGUCAUGCAGGAUAUUCACUCAUUCUUCUAAUAUAUGGGGGUAUGAUCAGGGCAGCUGGCUUGAGCCUGUAAAGGAGAAUAUCCUAAGUUUGAGAUAUUGGUGGUUUGGAAGCUUGUUUCCAGCAAAGUGUGUGUAGUUGGCAAGGACGCUAUAAAACACACUUCCCGGGUGUCUCAUGUCCCAGGUUCAAUCCCUGGCAUCUCUCGGUAAGGCUGGGAAUGUCCUCUGUCCGAAAUGUUAGAGAGCCACUGCCAGUCAUUGUAGACCAUACUGAGAUAGAUGGACCAGUGUUCUGAGUCAGGGUGAGGCAGUUUCCUAUUAUUUCUAAGUAGGCUCCAAAGCGUUGCCAUUCAAGUUUUAUUCUGGUGGAUUGCAGUUAUGGGAGGAUUGGGGAGUUGUGGGGUGUUGGAGCUGACAUGGUCACAUAGAAGGAUGGUGGUAGAGCUGGAAGUAUUCUAAUUUGGGUGUCCAUUGUUGGGGCAGUGGAGAUGUUCCUUUGAUUUUUGAGUAGGGUAAUUCCAAGAUUUUUAGCAUUUCAAAUAUACUGGCAGGAAGUAACAGAAUAUCCACUUUGCUGGCCUCGCAAUACUCUUUGCUGCCAGCAAUAAUUUUAUUUGAAUUUAGCUUGACUUUUUUUAUAUAUGAUGCACUGUAAUAUUGUAGAAUUGUGGCCUGGUGAAAACCUGAGAUGGGUGCAGUCCUUCAUUUUUCUCCCUGUGGAGAAAGACUCCUGUUCAGAGAGUCCCCAUUUGAAUUAACAAUGGAAGUGAGAGGUAGUUUAUUAAGGGUCAGCAGCUUGGAGGAACAUUCUCCUCGCUACCCUUGAUCAUAUGGGAAGUCUGUGCCGCCACAUUAGGCUGUGAAGGAAAUAGUCCUUGAUCUUGUAUGUCCUUCACAGUAGGUGUGUUGGGUUGUGAUUAGUGGCACUUGCUUCUGAAUAAACAUGCACAGGAUUGGAAGUGUUGGGUUCUGACACUGCCUGGUGUACACUGUCUUAAAAAGCAAAACCCACUGACAUCUCCACCACCAUGCCAGUCACACCUGGCACCACCUGAUAGACCUGCCUAAAGUCUGCCUGCCUCUGCUUAUGAGCAGACAAAUAGAACAUUUAUCCCUCCAGACUACAACUCCUGCAAUAAUUGACUCUCGGUGCUAAGUGGGCUGAGCCUGGUAUAGUUAUUUGUGAAUGUUUAUUCCAGAGCUAGAGAGAUUAACUAUUCUGCUGUUCAUGGGAUAUUUCCUCGUCGUCUUCAUGACCUGUAGAGUUAGGAGUUACACGGUGGCUGCCUAUUUACUUUCUUUUUCCUCUGUAGAACUAUUCAGAACAGCUGAUCAGAACCACCCUUCUUUCCAUUUUUGUUUUGCUCAGGCUAUGGAAGACGCCCACUUGGAUGCUGUCCUCAUCCUUGGAGAAGCUUUUGCGUCCAGUGAACCUUUUGACUUCGGCAACCAAAACACCACCGAGAAGAUACAUGGCUUAAUUCCAGUCAUGCUGAAGCAUAGGCUAGUCCCACCCCCCGAGGAGACCUACUCUCUCCAUCGGAAAAUGGGAGGCUCAUUCCUCAUUUGCUCCAAGUUGCAGGCCCAAAUUCCAUGCAAGGACAUGUUUCAGGAAGCCUACAGAAAAUACUGGAGUAGAAAGGCGAGGAAGGAAUAG